CCAAAUAUCUGGAACGAAAAAUAAAUCGUAAUUAAUUCUUCUAAAAAACAAAUUAAAGUACCUUUCAGUCGUUACAAAUACUUUAUAUAUGUUAAUGGUUCCAGGAAUUUCACUUCAAAAAAAAUGGAAAGGGCUACGCGACAGUUUUGUGAGAGAAAUGAGGAGAAAGAAGAAUGCGCCAUCAGGUUCCGGAGCUUCUUAUGAAACAUCCUAUAUUCACUUUCAAAGAUUGAUGUUCUUGGAAAGAUCUGUACGUGAUAAGUUUACCGAAAGUAACUUUAAUAAUUCGCAAACAUCUACCGAUUAUGACCAAGACGUUUCAGGGGACUGCGAAGAUAUAGCCAGACCAUCAAUGCAAAGUCAUACAAGAAAAAGAAAAAAAAUGGGUGCUGCUGAUGCAGAAUUUCUGGACAUAAUCCAAAAAAAUUUAAAUGAACAUCAAACUAUUCAGCAUCCCAGCAUGACGGAGCAAGAUGAUGACAAACUUUUCUGUUUGUCAUUACAUAAAGAGCUAUUGAAAGUGCCUGAAGUCAAUAGACUUCAAACAAAAAUUGAGAUGAUGCAUGUCCUCCAAAGAGGUCAGCAGCUCGGACAGCAGGUUCCAAUAGUGUCACCUCAUCAAAUGUCAUUUACACGUACAACGAAUAUUGCUCAGCAGCCAAUUUCGUACGCACAUUCAUAUUCCCAACGACCGGGCAAAACCACACACCGGGAACAGGGGGAAUAUUCUCAAACAAGGUUUAUUUCUCCUUUUUCGCAGUAUGGAUCUCCAUCCCCUCCAAUGUCAUCAUUCUCAAAAAUUAUUAAUUCUGGGAGAAUGAGGCAUAACGAGAAUGAAACGUUGACACCAAUAACUUCAUCUCCAGCAUAUUCCAUAGAGAUGCAAGAAUCUCCAUCUAUGGAGCUAUUUCACAACGAGAUUUAGAAUGUAUUUUUAGUUACAAGAUGAUUUUUUGUAUGAUUUUUUUCCAUUAUUAAUCACCUUGUUUUAUUGGAUAAUUGUUCAGUUUUGUUUUGGAUUUGUAUAUAUUUUGUUGAAUAUAAAUUAUCUAUUGCUGAAGUUAUCAGUUUCAUAUGAUUUACCUACCUACUGCCGGAAUGGAAAAAUUAUAUUGACAUUGGAAAAAUA